AUGUUGUUACAUUGGCCUCUAUCGAUUAUAAAUGGUCUUUAUUUUCACAUUGCUGAAACUGAGCGAAAAUGUUUUAUCGAAGAAAUUCCGGAUGAGACGAUGGUAACAGCGAAUUAUAAAGUACUUUUGUAUGAUCCAAAUACGAAAGGUUAUGGAGAAUAUCCAAAUAUUGGAAUGCAUGUUGAAGUGAAAGAUCCCGAAGAUAAGAUAAUUCUUUCGAGAUUAUAUACUAGUGAAGGACGUUUUACAUUUACGUCACAUACGCCUGGUGAACAUGUAAUUUGUUUGUAUUCCAAUUCUACCUCGUGGUUUAGUGGAGCACAAUUAAGAGUUCACCUUGAUAUUCAAGCAGGUGAACAUGCUCAAGAUUAUGAACAGAUCGCUACGAAGGACAAAUUAAAUGAUUUGCAGCUACGUAUAAGGCAAUUAUUAGAUCAAGUAGAACAAAUAUCAAAGGAACAAAAUUAUCAGAGAUACAGGGAAGAGAAAUUUCGUCAGACAAGUGAAAAUACGAAUUCAAGAGUGCUCUACUGGUCAAUUGCACAGACAGCCAUUCUUAUCGUUACCGGAGCUUGGCAGAUGCGCCAUUUGAAAGGAUUUUUUGAAGCUAAAAAACUGUUUAUGCGACGGAUUGUCGCUGGUCUAACGUCACCGUGGUCCCUGGCGUUCUCGGCAUUUGGUGUUUCUUAUGGCAUUUAUAAUUUGAUUGAUAUAACGCAAUCUGGUGCACCAUAUGAACUUAACGAGGAUCUCACUGGAAAAACUUUUAUAGUGACUGGUGCAACUUCUGGCAUUGGACGAUCUACUUGCGAAGAGCUUUCGAAGCACAAUGCAAGGAUUAUAAUGGCUUGUAGAAAUCGAGAAAAAUGUAUAAAAGUUCGCCGUGAUAUCGUACUAAAUACGCGAAAUAAGCAAGUAUUCUGCAGACACUGCGAUUUGGAAGAUUUCGACUCUGUACGAAUGUUUGUUGAAAAAUUAUAUUCAGGUAAGUUCAAAAUUGAUCGAAUAGAUGGUAUUGUGCACAAUGCUGCAACAAUGGAACCAACACGUACUGUUAAUAAGGACGGAAUAGAACGAACAUUGGCCACAAAUUAUCUCGGUCCAUUUUUGUUGACCGCCCUAAUUCUCGACAAAUUGUUCGCUCAGACUAAUCCUUGUCGUAUUGUUUUUGUAGGCACAAAUGUAAUUGAUCGAAAAUGUGAGGUAAAUCUCGAUGAUUUCAAUUCCGAGCAUUGUAAAAAAUGGGAUGGUUACAAUGUGUACAAAGAAAGUAAGCUUGCACUAGCAGCUUUUGCUAAAGAACUUUCAGAAAGGGUAAAAGAUACAAAUGUGGUAGUAACAAUGGCUGAUCCAGGUCGAACAAAAACGGCUUUAUCUAGCAAAAUGCCAUCUCAAUCGUUCUUCCUUAGCCGUUUGUUAAUUAAACCUGUCAGUUUCUUUAUGGGAGAGCGUAGAGUGGAAAAAGCUGUACGCCCAGUAGUUUACGCUUUGGCGGACCCGGAAAUGGCGGAAACUAACGGAAUAUUUAUAGAUCGAGAAAGGAAAGAACAGCCUUGGUGCAGUGGAGUAAUGGAUAAACAGUUUCGAGAGAAACUUUGGUGCACAAGUGAAAAAUGGACUAGACUGAGUGGACAAAGGGAAACUUUCCUUAAAUCUAUAAGGGGAGCGAAUGAAAAUUCGACAACUAAGUCAAAAGAAACUUCUAAAUUAUGGAAGAUAUGGCCUUGGCAACUGUUCAGCUGA